CAUGCAGUUAUAUUUGGGGGACCAGUUUCAAACGUAUAACAAUCAACUUCCGGUUAAAGCGGCGGCACCAGCCAAAUAUUUUGUUACUGCAAAUAAUCUAUUUGCAUCAAUUCAUCAUCAUGUCUGCAUUAUUACAAAAACCUAAAAGUGAGAUGACUCCAGAAGAGUUGUCCCAGAGGGAACAAGAAGAGUUUAAUACUGGUCCCCUGUCUGUCCUGACUCAGUCAGUAAAGAACAACACUCAAGUCCUUAUAAACUGUAGGAAUAACAAGAAGUUAUUGGCCAGAGUGAAAGCAUUUGAUAGACAUUGUAAUAUGGUAUUGGAAAAUGUGAAGGAAAUGUGGACAGAGACCCCUAAAACAGGAAAAGGAAAGAAGAAAUCCAAACCAGUGAACAAGGACAGAUAUAUCUCAAAAAUGUUCUUACGAGGAGAUUCUGUUAUCUUGGUUCUGAGGAAUCCUAUGGCUACUAGCAAAUAAGUGUUCAGUGGUGUUCCAUGUGAAAUCAGAAUAUUUUGUAUUGUAAAAACAGGACUGCAAAGAUGCAGCAUUGUAUAUUUACAUGUUAUCGGACUUGUUGUAAUAAGUUGAUAAUUUCAAAUCCAAAUCUAGAAUUCUUAAUUUAACAUCCUUAAACAAAACAAGAUCUUUGUUUAUUAUAGUUUUGGUCAGUUGCCUCAGAUCUGACUAGAAGCCACUUGUUCAAUCAUGAUUUAUAUUUUCUGAACUAAAACAUCUAAAAUUAAUAAAUUUUAUGUUUGACUUGUCAUUUUCAUUCAAUCAUAAAUCAUUAUUUUAUAUGUAAAUUAGCAAAUGUUCAUUUUAUACUAAUAAACAUGUUGUCAUGAGA